AUGGCGCAGCAAGAUGAGCAUGUGAUGUACUACUACAUCCUCUUGGCCACAAUCUUAGUAGUACCUCUCCUCCUCGUCAAGCUGAUGAGGCCAGGCAAGCACAGCAAAAACCUACCACCGGGGCCAUGGCAGCUGCCGGUGAUCGGCAGCCUGCACCACAUGGUGGGCGCCCUUCCGCACCGCGCGAUGCGGGGCCUGGCCCGACGGCAUGGCCCGCUCAUGCUGCUCCGUCUGGGUGAGAUUGACUUCGUGGUGGCCUCGUCGGCCAGCGCCGCGAUGGAGGUGUUGAAAACCCAUGAUGCCAUGUUAGCCUCGCGACCCAGGACGAGCACAACGAAGGCGAUGACAAGGCAUGGCCUGGGCAUCGUGUUGGCGCCCAAGGGCGAGCACUGGCGGCAGGUUCGCAAGCUCUGCGUCAACGAGCUGCUUAGCGCACGGAAGGUCCAGUCUUUCCGUGGCAUCCGCGAGGCAGAGGCCGGGAAGCUCGUGGCGUCCCUCGCCGUCGCGUCGGCGGCAUCCCGCCACGGCCAGCCCGUGAACGUCAGCUCGCAUCUCGCCACCUACGUCAGCAACGCGGUGGUCCGUGCCAUGGUUGGGGACGAGAUCACAGACCGGGACGCCUUCUUUGAGUGCCUCGACAAGGGCGUCACGGCGGCCGCCGGGUUCAGCCUCACGGACUUGUUUCCGUCAUCACGCCUCGCGCACGCAUUCUGUGGUACGACGCGACGAUUGGAGGCGGCCCUCCAAGGUAUGAGACAUUGCAUGAACGGUGUGAUCGAGGAACAUCGCGCCAGGAGGUCAGUCGACGCCUGCAACGGGGAUGAGAACAUUCUAGACGUGCUACUGAGAAUCCAGCAGACGGAACAAGGUGCACCUCUCAACAUGGGAACCGUCCGCGCCAUGAUCACCGACCUCUUCGGUGGCGGGAGCGAGACCACGGCGACGACUCUCAAAUGGGCCAUGGCAGAAAUGAUGCGGAACCCAAAGGUGUUGUGCAAAGCUCAGGCUGAGGUGCGCGCUACCCUCCUAGGGCAGAGCCGCGUCCAGGAGGACGACCUAUCCAAGCUGCACUACAUGCAACUGGUAAUUAAGGAGACGCUACGGCUGCACGUUCCCGGGCCGCUCCUCCUCCCUCGGGAGUGCCAAGAGCCUUGCCGCCUCCUUGGCUAUGACAUACCCAAGGCCGCCAUGGUAUUGGUCAAUGUGUGGGCGAUCGCCCGGGACACCCAAAACUGGGGCCCCGACGCAGAGGAGUUCAGGCCCGAGAGGUUCGAGGAACCUGCUGACAGUGCUGGGGUGGGCUUUAGGGGGCAACACUUUCAGUUUUUACCCUUCGGCGCCGGCCGAAGGAUCUGCCCUGGAGUGAACUUCAGCCUCGCUGUCAUGGAGCUCGCGCUGGCCAACCUUCUCUUCCAUUUUGACUGGGAGCUCCCCAAGGGCACCGUUCCAGAUGAACUGGACAUGACGGAGGCGUUUGGGAUCACGGCGAGAAGGAAGAACGAUUUGAUGGUGCAUGCCUAUCUUCGUGUGCCUCUUCCAAUUAAUAAUCUAUAG